GGGCGGCGGUCGCCCGGCAACGGGGCGGCGAUGGAGGCGCAGUCGCUGCCCGCGGCCCUGGCGCUGGUGGCGGGCGGCGGCGCGGGGCUCAGCCCGGAGAAGCGGGCGGCGCUGGGGGUAUCGCUGACGCUGCUGCAGCACAACUACCGCUUCGAGCGGGUCUGGUUCUGGGGCUGCAUCCAGGGCGUGCGCGGCUCCUACUACAUCGCCGAGGGGCUGCGCCCCGACCGCGCCGCGCCCCGCAUCCGCCUCUACAGCUUGAACUGCUUGGAUUGGAGCCUCCUGACACCGGCGACCAAGGAGAUGGUUGCGCAGGCCGAGCAGCUGAAGGGCCGCUUUCAGGGUGAUCCUUCUUUUGAGUACAACUUCGCUGAGAUAAACCCACAAGCUGCUGAGACAUUGUUUGAAGGUGGUAAGGAGCCCGUGAUCAAGGAGGAGGCCCGCCUCAUAGCUACGAUAGAACAGAUAGACAGAGCAGUUGGUAUCGUCCCCCGGGGGGCAUUCGUGAAGACUCCUCUUGGGUCUGUGCAUGAAAACAGACACUUUGAAGGUCUGUCUUUGGUGGAGGCAAAAAAGUUAAGUUCCUAUUUCCAUUUCACUGAGCCUGUUAACCUGAAGAAUAAAACCCUGCUGGAAAAGGCUAACCUGGACCCAUCCACUGACUUUCUGGAUUCUCUGGAGCAUGAUAUCCCACAAGGCUCCUGGAGUGUCCAGCUAGAGAAGGGAGGUGCUGUGGUGGUGCUGCGGAGCCUGCUGUGGCUGGGACUGACGUUCUACCAUGUCCCAAUGACCAAGCAAUACGGCUACAUCUACUUUGGCACUGGUGAGAAGAACGUGGAUCUGCCCUUCAUGCUGUGACUCUCCUGUCUGCCACAAGGACUCAAGAACUAAAGAACAUUUUGAUUUUAUUGUUAGAUUUUUGUUUACUGCUUGUUCUAAUAAAUGUGUGAAACCUCUGCA